AAGUUGUGCGGCAUAUCAACUGAGGUAAUCCUUUUUUGUGUACCUUGCUUCAAGAGAUUUCGUAAUUCACCACUUCUGGAUGGUUUAGGUUUGGGAAAAAUACGCAAGUGACCUUUCAUUUGGUUCAAAAGUGCUGCGGUCCAUUGUUCCAAUCCAUUGUUUAGGCAUCAGAGUCUUCCUUAAACUGCCUCUCUCUUCACUGUCCCUUCGCAGCAAACAUGUCCUUAGAGUACACCAUCGAUAUCCAGCUCACAGAACUGGGUUUUCCCAAUAUUCUACAAACACCAGUAAGAGAGACCCCGUGUCUGUUACCAUCACAGUAUUUGUCGAUAUCGGGAAGUGAAUCACAAACUACGAUCCCAACUAAACCUACCAUAAGGCAACAACUCGAAAAUGAUCCGUCAGUAACACGUGAUAAAUGCAGUUCGCCACAUACUACGGACACGUCUGGAUCUUCUCAAGCACAAGCAAAAGAUGGCAUGGACACCUCCAGCAGAGGCUCUGAAGAUGCAUAUACCUUCUCUGUGCUGCCUCGCAGGGCCGCAAAGCGCCCCAAUGCAGAUGUUGUGAAGGAACCCUCUGGAGCUGAGACUACUAAGCGUCUUGCUGAUCAAGCAAAUGAUAAAUCACAACUGGGUGCAAACAAUGACCAAGAGGCAAAAGGGAACACGCAGGAUGCAGAGGACGAGUCAGCAGACGACAGCGAAGAGUCUGAGGAUUAUGAUGAAGAGAGCCUCGGUGAAGACGAAUAUGCUGCCCUCCAACAUGAAGCUGCAGGACCACAUGAACCAACACACCGGUCAGCGGCCGCACUGUUGUGCAGAGUGUGGCAAACGGUUCUGCCAGCUCAACAACUAUCGCGCUCAUCUGAAGACCCACGCUGUAAAAACACCCGAAUUGAUCCUCUCUCAUCGGUGUCGCAUCUGUCGGAAGUUAUUCGAGUCGAAUGUUAAGUUAAGGGAGCACCUCGAAACCACACACUUUGAAAAGGAGUUCUACGAGUGCGACUUGUGCAAACUCGUGUUCACCGACCGGAAAAAGUGUGAAAAGCACAUUGAAUGGCACAAGAGCACCCUACUUGUCUGUGACACUUGUGGCCGUGAAUUUUCCAGCCAAGAGUCACUCCAACGCCACCGUAACAGUAAGUGCCGGCGCAGCUUCGUCUGCACGGACUGCAACCAGACCUUCAGCAGGAAGAACGCCCUGCUGAAACACAGCUUCUCUCACAUCGGCCUGCUGCCCUACACGUGCUUACUGUGCAGCUGCCACUUCCGCCUGGCCCAUCUGUAUCGCCAGCACAACUGCGAUCCUCAGCGCAUCCACUGCGUGGCAUGUCUGAAAGUGUUCGCCAGUCAGAGAGACUUCCAGCAGCACAAGAAGGACACGGGCUGCUGGGGGGACCAGGAGUCCAACGGUGACGAGAUCCGCUGCCCGGAGUGUGGCAAGGUUUUCGCCACGAAGGAGGAGCUCAAGAAACACGGCAGCGCUCACCAGAGGAUUCUGACCUGCGACGAUUGUGGGAAAGGCUUCCGCUCGGCCUUGCUCCUGAUGUCCCACAUGGGAGGGCACGUGGCGCAGUCCCCCUGCCUGUGCCAGCGCUGCGGCCGUGGCUUCAGUCACCAGUGUGACUACGACAGUCACCUGGAAAGAUGUGGACUCGCACCGCUACCACCAAUUGUUUCUAAGAAACGUGCCCAGAAGUCCUCCGCUCAGCCUGGUAAUCCCACGCUUCCCCACUCUACUGAGCUUCCCAUCACUACAAAAGCCUCCACAAGUGGGUGGGAUCCAAACAGCGGUGUGGCCACCAUCUCCAACGGUGUCCCUGCUCCGUCACCAGAGGACACGGCUCAGGGCUCCUGGCGUCUAACCCUGGACCAUCCUCCCCCUCUCGGUCUGAACCUGAUUCUGUUUGUCCCGGUCAACUCCACUCUAGCGUCUGGCCUGCUGCCCAAACUCCAGGAGACGGGACCGCCCGCUCCGAUGGCCCUGGACGCAGCGGUGGGGCUACAGAAGAUUAUCGUUGGUAAAAUGAGGAGUUCUGUUGUGGGCUUGCCACUAGAGGUGGACGCCCCUCUGGAUCUGGUCCUCAACAAGAAACUAGCACACAAUUAUGGGGCGCCCCAAGAUUUGUCUAACAAAGUGAACCCUUUCAUGCCUGCUGUUGGCAUUAAAACAGAGGUGGUUGAGAUGCCUAUGGUUAGCAUUGAAACGCCUGCAGUUGACAUUACAACUCCUGGGGUCAGCAUUAAAACAUCUGCGGUUAGCAUUGAAACUGAGGCGGUUAGUAUUGAAACGGAGGCGGUUGGCAUUGAAACAGAGGCGGUUGGCAUUGAAAUGGAGGCGGUUGGCAUUGAAACGGAGGCGGUUGGCAUUGAAACGGAGGCGGUUAGCACAAAAUCAAGUGCAGUUAGCAUAAAAACACCUGCCGUUAGCAUCAAAACAGAGGCUCUCGAGCCUGCUGUUGGAGUUAAACCACCUGCUGGUUGCAUUCAAUUGGCAACCAAAGAGUGUUGGGUGGUCCUCAGAAAGUGGUCUGGGAAAACGCAGGACAUUACUGGAGAUACAUUAUCAUGUGUUAAUAGGAAGACAGGUAUACAAGAGAUUUUAGGUGAUAAAGGCACACAGUAAUACAUAGGCUACUGUAAAGUCAGAACCUUUGAGAACAGCUCGUUUUGUAAUGUAAAUGAUUAAGGAAGAGCCUGAGUUCCUUACUCCUAUCUUUGAUAAAUUGCAAAUUGUCAGUCUAGCCAGGUCCAGAGCUUUACAAAAAGUGAUAUGAUCAAGGCACAGACUUGUAACAUGUAAUGCAUAUGGUGGUGGGUUUGACCAAUAAUAAACAGUAUCUUGAUUGAUCAAAAGUAUGUUUGAAUGUAAAUAGGGUGUACCACAAACCACAACGAAGAUCUAAACUGGAGCACAUUCGAGCAUACAAUGGGCAACAUAUUCAAACAAUAAAUUCCUUUUCAUGAUUUUUCAUUGGAUCAGGAUGUUUGCAAAGGAUACAUGUGUCUCUAAUUUUCUACUCUUUGCUUUCUCUGUGUCUGUAAAUGGAAAAAAAUUAAAAUAACCUUUCAGGAUUAUCUAGCAUUUGUCCAGCCAACCAAGGUUUGGAACAGGAGUGUUUCCGAUGUAACUACCUCUAUUUUGUGUGCUACUCUGGACACCCAUAGGUUAGUAGCAAGCCAUUACCACAAUAUUUGGCCAGACUUGGGAUAAAUGUAAAAUAUUUUUGCAUAAAAGAUCUAAAGUUGAUUUUGAUGCACUGUACAUAUUAUUGUGAUUAUUGGUUCAAUUGAACGAUGCCCUGGACCAAAGAGAUAUAUUUAUAAUAUUUAAUAUCCUUUAUUAUCUUGUUUUUUAUGUAUUGGAGGUUGUGCAGGAAUAUUUUGUAGGCCCAUUUGGCAGCAUACUUUGUAGGCUCCUUCACUUUGACUUGAAUUGGGUAAUUUGAAACAAUUGAUACACAAUAUGAAACAACAUAAGAUAAUAGGAUUCAACAGUAUUGUUAUUUCUUGGUAUUGUUAUUUAUUAAAAUGUAUUUA